AUGCGUCUUCCAAUUUUCCUUCUGACUCUUGCUGUCAUGGCCACUGCCACCAUCUACUGGAAACAUCCAGUUAAAGAUGCAAACCAAGAAUUCGAGUAUCAGUUGAAGCUUAUCGCCGACGCACUGUAUAUCCAGGAUAUCGAUUUAUACGAGAAGCUUGUUGAUGCCAAUAUCAUAGUGGCACAAGCUAUCAUCAUUAAGUACGUUAAUUCAAAGGCUGAAUAUAUUCACUCGGCGAGUAAAACCGCAGACGGAGGUCUCAUCGCUGUCGCAGAAUCGACAACUGCCGUUGAUGAAAGGGUCAAGAGAAUCUAUUUUAAGUGGGAGUUGAACGCUGAGAGUCCAAGUGGCUACAAGCUGAUGGUCUGCAGUUUCUGUUCGCUAACCGGGUGCUAA